CUCUCACGUGACGGGCCGCCCUGGCUCCGCGCCGAUUGCAAGUUUUGGGAGGACAGGAGGAUGGAGGGAGAAGGAGAGCAGGAGGAAGAGGGAGAGGAGGAGUGGCUGCUGGAGUCCUUGAGACUGUACAACGAUCUCCACCUGUUUGAGCUUCACGAUCCCACCAGAGUCAUUGAGUGGACGGGAGAAAAAAGUAUUUGUGUGGCGGGGUAUGAAAAUGGAAGAAGGAAUGAAAUCCUUCAGCUUCUCUUGCCUCAGAGGCUUUACGCAAAGGAGAACCAGGGCUUAUGUCCAGAAAGAGAUUUCAAGGUUGAACAUGGUGGAUUUUCCGAUCACCCCGUGUACAUGCUAAAGCACGUGCCAAAGACCAGCUUGCUGGUGACAAGUGGCCCAUCAGACGGCUCCCUGCAGGUGUGGCACGUGGGGCAGGAUGAAACAGAUGUUAUUAAGCCCCUCUACACUAUCCGCACCAUGCAAGGAGAGGAGCAGUGCUGGGCAAAGAUUGCAACUGCCUUCUCCAAAUCGGCGUGGGUCCUUCAUGGCCUGCGGGUCAGCGAUGUUCAGGUGACCGAGAUGGAAUCCAGGAGAACCAUCUUCAUGGCAGGCUCCCCAAACACCGAUGAGGUUGCCACCCUGGAGUUCCUGGACGAAGCCGCCGUCCUGGCCUGCGGCAUGAAGGGGCAGCUGUUCCUGGCUGACACCAGGCAGCCGCAGGGUCUCCUGCGGGUCGCUGAGGAUGCCCACGUCUCUGAGGCGCUGCCUGGGCAGAGCUGGUGUGCUGGAGUUUGCUGCGCCCCCCUGCCAUCCUCUGGGGGCAGGCGGCUGGUGGCCCGCCUCUCCUCUGCCGGCCGCGUCAUGCUGACCGACCUCAGAAACCCGGCGAGAGCUGUGAAGAUGGCUCAGUGCUGUGUGCCCACGGGUGGCCUCUGUGGGGCAGGGUUCCUCUCGGUCUCCUUUGCACCUCUGCUUGGAGAACACCUGGCCGUCUCAGGCUUCGACGGAACUGUGCGGGUCUACGACACACACAACUGGGUCCCGUCCGUGCAGGACGCCAAACCGGCCUUCGUCCACAAAGGGCACGUCUUCAGCGGGGCGGGCAAAGCUGGAGUCGCAGCCCCGGUCGUCACAACCCACGCCUGGCACCCCUCCAAGCCCCGGACGUUGCUGUCGGCGGCGAGCGAUGGGUCGCUGCAUGUGUGGGACUGGUCUGAGCUCUGCGCGGCCAGCUAGCCCAGUUCUCUACACUGCACAUUGGAGAAAUGAAGGGGUCCAGUCGCACCCCCUGGAAGCAAUUGGAUAUCUUGCAAAGGAAGGGUUUUUUGGGGGGGUUGCAUCUUUGUGGAGCUCACCCUGCGCGGCAGUUCUUCCUAAUGAUUUGUCUUUUGAGAGAAGGUCCAAACCCAAUACCUUCAGUAUUCUGUGGCUGCAAACCUCUGCCAGUUGUGUCACAUAGGAACGCAGGACAGAGUGGGCAAAAUGAAGCAUAUGAGGCUGGCUACAAAACUGGGGGUCUUUUUAGUCUUGCCCCCCCCAAAAGAGAACCUGGUGCCCACACAAUGACCUUUUAAGGUACCAGGUUUGUCCUUCUUUUUACAGUUGUUGUACCGGUGUCGUUUCUGAUUUUAUCCUGCGUUACAUUUCGGUGUCCUGUUUUAUGUUUCUGGUUUUUACUUGUGACCCGCCCAGACAUGUGUGCCAACUUGAAUAUAAUAUUGGGGAGGGCAGUAGGUAAGCCCUACUCCCCCUUAAUCGAUUGCAAUGUGUAGCAUGCAGCCCCCCCCCAUUUGAAUGGCAAUACCAAGUAACUUUGGAAGGGCCUGGUCCCCUCAAAUAUUUUAUGGGGGUGCGAAGACCCCUCAGCCCCUAGAAGUUGGCUCCUAUGCGCCCAGAGGACGUUUUUCGUCCGGUGGUGGCUCAAUAUAGGAGUUAAAUAAAUAGGUGGUGCAGGCAUUGUGCAGGGGAGAGAAUUAGGCUCUGUAGGUCUCAGCUGCUGACAUCAGCAAAGGGGAAAAGCCGUUUGAGGGCUGCCUCCCCUUCUGCUUCUUAAGUAUUGUUGCAGUGCAUUUGCUUCCCCCCCCCCCUUAAAGAGAUUGUAGGUACGGUCAAAGUUGUUCAGUAGAAGCCAUCUUUGCAUUCUGGCUUUCAGGGGUGGCUAAGAUCAACGUGAGAUUAGUGACCCUCCAGGGCGCAAAUGGGCUGUUCCGUUCUUCCCCCUUAGGAGCAGAGGAAGAGGGGAAGGGGUCUCAGAGGGUCCUUGCCUGCCAGCUCCCAUAGGAUGUCACGUUCAAACAGUUUUAUGGGCUGCGUGCAGCAUGGUUUUUAAGCUUUGCCCGUUGGGCUUGUGCAAACCACACAGAGCCCUGUAAAAUGGGGUGUGGACCCCCUCGUCACUAUUUUCGAAGACCUCCCUUAUCACUAGGUACCCAUUUUAUGGCUCUGUUUGUUCAUACAAUCC